AUGGCCUUGUUGAAUGUUACUCUUCCCUGGAAUGUCUCUUUGGACCUCAACCACAGCUAUUUCAAAUCCAACCUCCCAGAAUUAGAGGACACACAACCUACGGUGAAGAACUGGCCAGCCCUGUUCAUUCUGGCGUUCAUAUUUUUUACUGUUGCAGGGAAUAUACUGGUAAUUAUGGCCGUGUCCAUCGAGAGCAAACUGCACAAUGCCACCAACUACUUUCUGUGCUCACUGGCCGUGGCAGACAUGCUGGUGGGAUUCCUAGUAAUGCCAGCCUCUCUAAUUAGUAUUCUUUACAAUCACAUCUGGCCUCUCCCUGAACUGCUGUGUCCCUUGUGGAUCUUCCUUGACGUGCUCUUCUCCACAGCCUCCAUCAUGCACCUGUGCGCCAUCUCUCUGGACCGCUAUAUCGGCAUCCGUAAUCCAAUCAAAUACAGCCGCAGCAACUCACUUCACAAGACCAUGAUCAAAAUAAUCAGUGUCUGGACCAUUUCUGUAGUGCUGUCGCUGCCCAUUCCAGUAAUGGGUUUCCAGGACAAGAAGAAGGUGUUUGUAAAUAGCACUUGCACCCUGAAUGAGCCUCGUUUCGUCCUUGUUGGCUCAUCCGUGGCCUUCUUCGGUCCUCUGGUCAUCAUGGUGGUCUGCUAUUACCUCACUCUCCGUGAUCUCCAGAGGCACAGCACUGCUUUCCCACAAGAGAGCAGGAGCCACUCCAAACAUUCUGCUGAGAUAAGUGACACAAGUUUGCUGAACAGUAAGUCCUCCUCCAACAAGUCUGCACAAGGUCCACGAGGCCAAGGCAGACGAGGCAUGAUUCAAGCUUUGAACAAUGAGCGACGAGCCUCCAAAGUCUUGGGGAUUGUCUUCUUUCUCUUCCUGGUCAUGUGGUGUCCAUUCUUCAUCACCAAUGUGCUGAUCGCCAUCUGUCAGGACAGCUGCAGCGAGCAUCUCUAUAACCUCAUUCACUUUUUUGUCUGGGUGGGAUAUAUCUCCUCUGGAGUGAAUCCUCUGAUCUACACCCUUUUCAACGAGACGUAUCGACAAGCCUUUGCUCGCUAUCUACGAUGUAAAUAUCAUGAAGACGUGCCACAGAAGAAGGCCCAGGACAUCCGAUAAUAUUGACACAGU